GGAGCGCUGCAGUUUGUAUUGUAUGGAUAAUUUGUGGAGCUAGAGCGGCUGUCCGUGUUGUUUGCCGUCCACAAACAAACACUGCACUUGCCGAGCAUCAGCCAGCAUCCCACUAAAUCCUCCAGCGUCCAUUUGUCCUGCGUGCACUUAUUUCCUCCUGGACACGCAGCCCCCUCACAUGAACACCGAUUCAUGAACGUGCAGAUUGUAAAUCAUGUCCAAACUUGAGCGUCUGAGCGCCCGUGUGGCCAAGCUGCUGUCAGUGGCCGUGCAUGAGGUGCUGCAGGUGGUGAAGGAGACCGUGUCGGAGUACCAGGAGAAAACUGCCAGGACCCAGAGAGAGAACGAGAGUCUGAGGAGGAGGCUGCAGGAGCUCCAGGACAAGAUCACCAAGCAGGCUGCAGAUGGCAAGUUUGCUCUUUCCCCUGCCUCUUCAAUCAAGGAAGAUGAGCCGAUGCAAGAUGAUGUGAGGCAGCAACCAGAACCAGAGAAUGGCGAGGAACAAAAACCAAAGCUCAUCCAGACACAAAUGAAAGGACCCAGGAGGGGAGAGUGCAGCCUGGAUGAGUCGGACUACACAGCAGACUCAGAGAUGGGUGAUGGCAGCUUGGUACACACAGAGCUUCAUGAGCUCCUGUCACAUGUAACCAGUGCAGCAUUAACAGGUUAUCCUUCAGUAUCUGACAGUGACCAAAACAAGUCUAUGGGACAGCUGAAAUCGGAUGCAAUACCUGGCAGCAGUUCCAGCUCCGCAAAUCCCCCAGUGGUGAAAACAGAGCCUGAGCCAAUGGGAUACUCAUCAGAGGAACAUCCAGGCCAGAACCUGUUAUUCCCAAGUGGAGAUUUGGAAAGAAGUGGUGCAGCAGAAACUGACAGAGUCGAUGAGUCUAUUUCAGACAACCCAGCGCUGCCUGGCUUGGUGCACUACAUCAACGCAGAUGGCCUCAGCACCUUUGUAGACUCGUUCCCGUUUGAGUGUCACCCUGAGCUGGUCCAAGGUACCAGGAGGCCUAGCAUUGGAAGCAAACAGGAUGAGAGCUACCGCUGCGUCGUCUGUGGCAAGGCGUUCAACAGGAUUGGGAAUCUCAGGAUCCACGAACGCUGUCAUACAGGGGAGAAGCCAUACUGCUGUUUGCACUGUGGCAAGUGCUUCAGUCACGCCGGGAACCUGCAGAAGCACAAGAGGGUCCACACAGGUGAAAGACCUUAUGGCUGUCAGCAGUGUGGCAAGACUUUCAGUCAGUCGAGCCACCUUAAAAAACAUCAGAGAAUCCACAUCGGCAGGCAGCCCAGUGUAAAGUGAGGGAAGUAAAUGAUUCUUUGAAUUAUUGCCAUGUGGUGUUAUUAACGAUGGUAUCUAUUUAUAAACCAAAAUCACAUUUCUGCCACCCAGAGUUUCUCACUGAUUAUGAUAUACAAUAUUAUACUGGUGUAUAAAAGUGCUGCAUCUAAAGUUAUUGUCACUUAGACUCUUUAGGUCAUAUGCAUGAGCCUCAGUACAUGCAUAAAUACAUAAAUAUACAUAAAUAUGUAUGUGGUUUCACAGUUAACACCUAGUUGAAUAGGUCUGUUGUUCAGUUGCGUUUCAUUGCUGAUGUGACUUUUGUGAGAACUUUGAAAAAAGCGUGAUUUAUAUUUUUGUUGUCAU